UGUAGCUUUUCAUGCAGCCUUGCAAUUUCACAAAGGAGUUCCACGGGACCUGCAUGAUUCACCGACAGCACUCCCAACGGAAAAGGACUCCGUAAUGAGAAUUUAACUUCAGUUUCCUCAAUUUAAUUUAUAAUUAUUUAGUUUUCAUUUGUUAUCAUUAUUUUAUUCAUUUUUAUAGUCUCAGCUGCUGAUCAUUUGCAGCUUGCCUAGGGAACAGAGAAUCGCAAUUUUAUCUGCUACUACUCUCGGAGAACGCGUGCAGUUGGAUUGAUACCUCCUUGCUUCGCAAUUGCUGGACAAACCCGCGGAUUAUUGUGUUCACAUGUAUCUGCCUUCGAGGGAAAGGACAUCGGCAGUGGUGUGGGUCGCCCUGCUCUAAGGAAUGUACCUCCUUCGGAUCGGAUGGCUGAGGAAAAUUAGCACGGUCUCAUCCGAAUGAGAUACUGCCGCACGACCCGGUUUCCCCCUGUUCUGUGCUUGUAUUCUGAAGGUUUGGAGCUCUCUCGGUGCUUCGGAUAUUUGCGCGCUCCGUAAGAGAGGUCGCUUUUUGGCCGUGGCGGGACUGAUUAGACAGGUUUCUUCGUUGGGAAUUUAAUUGAAGAAAUAUUAUUGUUCCCCCUUUUCUCUCUGCAUCGGAUUACAGAGUUUGGCACCGUGUCAUAUUGUCGCAUUUACGAUCGUUGGCGAUACGCAUUGAAAUAAUAACAAAAUAUAUAUUUCAUAUCCCACAUUGUGACCCACCGUGGUGGAUGCAAUAAUGGGGGACUCGCUGUGGAGAUACUGUUUCGGAGUUUUCUUCCUUGUGUGCAAGGUGAACCUGUCCCGUGCGCUCAUUUUAGAGUCCAUCUACUGGAAUACAACAAACACCAAGUUCGUGCCGGGACAGGGGCUGGUGCUGUACCCCCAGAUCGGGGACAAGAUGGACAUUGUGUGCCCGCGGGUGGAUGGAGGGGUGGGGGACGGGGUGGAGUUUUACAAGCUGUACAUGGUGCAGCGGGCUCAACUGGAGAGCUGCACUAUCACCAAAGCGGACACGCCCCUGCUCAACUGCGUCAAGCCCGACCAGGACGUCAAGUUCACCCUCAAGUUCCAGGAGUUCAGCCCCAACCUGUGGGGCUUGGAGUUCUUCAGAGGGCGCGACUAUUACAUCAUCUCUACUUCUAAUGGCACGAUGGAGGGCUUGGAAAACCAGGAGGGAGGAGUCUGCAAGACCAAGUCUAUGAAGAUUGUCAUGAAAGUGGGACAGAGUCCCACUGAUCCCAUAUCGCCCAAAGACUACCCCACCAGGUACCCCCCGAAACACCCCGAGGGAGGGGGGAAGGAGUCCGUCAACAAGGAAAACGACGUGGGCGACAAACACGACGCGUCCCAGCGGGAGGCCGACUCGGAGGGGAAGGGCGGGAAGCCGUCGAGCAUCAUCGGCUCCGAGGUGGCCCUCUUCGCCGGCAUCGCCUCGGGCAGCGUCAUCUUCAUCGUCAUCAUCGUCAUGCUGGUGCUCCUGCUGCUGAAGUACCGGAGACGGCACCGCAAGCACUCGCCCCAGCACUCGGCCACGCUGUCACUCAGCACGCUGGCCACGCCCAAGCGCGGCAGCGCCGGGGGCAACAACAACGGCUCGGAGCCCAGCGACAUCAUCAUCCCGCUCAGGACUGCAGACAGCGUCUUCUGCCCACACUACGAGAAGGUGAGCGGGGACUACGGACAUCCCGUCUACAUCGUGCAGGAGAUGCCCCCUCAGAGCCCCGCCAACAUCUACUACAAGGUCUGAACUGUCGCCUCGGGAGACCGGCGCACGCGUCCUGGGCUAAUGUUUUUUUUUAUUAUUAUCACCGUUCUUAUUAUUAUUGUUAUUAUGAUAAUUGUUGUUGCCGUUAUUGAGGAACUUAAUUGUUAGGAUUCCAGUGGACUCCAUGGAAGGGUGCUGCGUGAGCGAGCGUGUGUGUGUGUGUGUGUGUUAGUGUGUGUGUGUGUGCGAGCUCCCUGCUGGUGCGCUACAGCGGAUUUGGCCCACCGUGCCAGGAGGGGUGUAGGCGCCAUGGAAAGGGGGGAGGGGAGGCGAGCGACCCCCCGCACUUGACCCCGAGGAUUCUCACUUAAAUGGACUCCACUGCCUGGGAACGGGAUAGCACAGAGCGAACGAGGGAGAAAGAGGAGGAGAGAGAGAUAACGAGAGGACUGGCCGACCAUGAACUCAUUUCAGCCAUUGUUUCUCCGCCUUCUCCGCACGCCGGAGACGUUCCUGGGAUUAACAGCAAAUAAGGAGAGACUGACUCUUGGACAUGGACAACGGGCUCUGGGCACACCGCUGUCCUACCCUCCGACAGCGCUCUCUCCACCGCUCACUUAUUCCUGAUGUCACGUGCUCACUCGUUCAACCACUCGCUCGCUCUUUCAGUCACGCAGUCACUCACCUAUUCACGGACAUACUCUCUCACUCGGUAACUCGCAUACUGGCUCACUCACCUACUCGCUCAGUCACACACCCACGCGCACACUCACGCGCUUAUUUGCUCUAUUGGACUUUUUAAAUAAGCAUUUUGGCUUCAGUUUUUCUUUUUAUCCCCCCUUGAUUUCUCACCAUCCCAGUCGGUAGCAUACAUUUUUCCUCGCUGUUGUUACUUGAAGUCUUGAAAGGGUUUUCAGAAACAAAACAAACAAAAAAAAAAAAUGUUUUUUUCUUUUUCCGUUUAUGUGUUGAACACUUGCCAACUGUUUUAAUACUGGAAGUUCAGGUUGGGCUGUUCUCUUUUUGUGUGGAGGGAUUAUAUGUCACUUAGACUCAAAUGAUUCACCUCGGAAAGGUAAGAAAAUACGAAAGAAAAGCAGACAGAAACAAGAGGAGGGAGAGAGAGACAGAGAGAUGCACAGACAAAUGGAGGCUGGGAGAAAAGCAGCACAGUGUGUUAAAUGAUGAGGAGUACUUGUCUCUGUCUCCAUGAAGGUCCAUUGUCUUCUGUGUUGACCGUAGGCUUUUGGGGUGGAAUCAUUACAUGAUUGUUGUAGUAGCCCGGUACUUCUGGUGUCAUAAUCACACUGUUACGGUGCUGCCCAAUCCCUGCUGCAGCAGCAGUGAUGGAACAGUAAAGCAGCCAAUGGGUGGUUCUGGAGCCGUGGGAUUGGUUGAGGUUCAGACUGAGUAUCGAUAGAUGCCUGGUGCCCCUCUAAAGUGUGGAGAACUGAACAUUCUUCACACUUUAGUGCUUCUAUAGUGUAGAGUUCUGAAAUGGGUGGGGAAGGCAAUAAGAAUUAACCUUGCCUUAGCCUUACUGACGCAAGUUGAUUUAAACAGGAAAAGGAGCACUAGCAAAGUUCAGUGAGUUCAACUGGUCUAGGUACUAGCCUGUCCCCUUUGUCAAAUGGGCAAACCAAUGUUUUGUGUUUUAGGGCUGCUAGGCAGACCAGCACUCUCCUCAAUAAGUAAAGCACAUUAGUAAUCAACCACCAUUUCCUUUUAUUACACUCCAUUUUCAUUUAAUUUCACUUUUGUUUUUAAUUUUACACAUGUCAUUGAAUUUAGAUGUACAUUGUCAAGGUGGAGACUUCAACAAAAACUUUGAAAAUAGAGGAGAAUUUUAUUUAUGAUAGAUGGAUAGAGCACAGGAGUUUUUUGAGGGAUAGGAAAAAGUUUAAUAAUAUAUUAUGGUAAUUACACAUUAUGCAAGCUAGGUUUUCAUUUAAAAUUUCAUAAGUUUGCCCCCACCUCCCCCCAAGAGAUGUCUUAAACUGCCUUUUAAAAAACAAUGGAGGGCUAAGAAGAGAAAGAGAUUGGGAGGUCACCUUUGACCUUUUUGCUCAUGGGAAAAAUAUUAUGGGCCCAAAAAUAGCUGAGAUCAGUUAAUGCACUGCACUCUGGGAUACACCAGCCUCCCAGUGCUCUGCAGAGGGCCAGAAUGACCUGCAGUACAGACUGGUGCAGCCCAAUAUUUCCACAGAAUACCCCACACUGCUUUACUGUAGCAUGCCCUAAAGGAUCAUGGGAAAUGUCCCAUGCUUCCCUGUGGCUUUAGCGCUUUUCCUUUCUGUGUGUGUGUGUGUGUUUGUGAGAGAGACAGACAGAGGAUGUUAGUGUUUGUACGUGUGCAAACACUGCUAUUUUUGUAUGAAACAUACAAAAAAUUCCAUUGAACAUUAUUUCCCCAUAAUCAAGUAGAAUUACAAAAAUAAACUAAUAAAUAACACUCAUUAUGAAUAGCAAGAACUCUUGACUAUAAAUAACAGUGGGGGGAUGGGUGGUGACUGAAGAACAGGCAAAAAGGUGGCACAUUCAUUCUCUCUCACCUUCACAUGACUCAACCAAGAAACAAGGCCUUCAGUGACCUGAGUCUGUGGCUCUGUCCAGGGCUACAGAAUUUGCAAAUAUGCAAUUUUGUUUUCUUUUUUUGACGAAGAAAAAAAAAACAUCCAUAAGAAAAGUGUUCUUAAACCACUGGUAAUAACAGCAAAGUACAGUAUGUGAGCUUUAUGCUGUUAUGUUUUUCAUUUGAUUUUGAUUCGUUAUUUUCCAAAGUCACUUCCUUCAGUAUCUUUUUAUGACUGUGUGUCGUAAUUUGAGUUAAACUGUGAAAACUGAACACGUUUGAUCGAGGCUACUUAGGGAAGAGAUAAAAAUAAAAUGGGAAAAAUUGCUGUUCUGCCCUUUGGCUGGGGCAUACAAUGACAAUCUUAUUAGUUUCUUUAAAUCUGAAGUCCUUACCCUGCUAACACGUAACAAACUAGUAAUGUUGCUGUGAUGUUUUAUCUAUAUACUAGCGUUGAAGUAACAUUGCAGCAAUGUUGUGACUGUUGAACGUUAGCUGGGCGUUGUGUCUUCAGGCUACUGUAAAAUGCCUUGCUCUCAUGGUCAGCCCUGGUCGUUAGACCGUAAUUUGCACCGUGCGUCUGAAGUUAAGGUAUUGUAAAUGCAUUAACGUUUGUAUCAUACAUGGAAUCUUGGUUGUUACGAUAGCCUUAUUCACCUUUUUCUAAGUAAAUAAGUAAAUAAAUUAAAAACAAAUAAGUAAAUAAACAAAAUGAUAUGGAAAAAGAGAAAAACAAAAUAGGCACCACAAUAAAUCACACUUUUUGGUUACCAGCUUGUGUACAUAAUGAAGAUAAACCUGAUAGUUUUUUUUAAAGAAACUCUUAAGUAAGAUGUUUUGUAUAAAAUGAAUUUUUGCUAUGUAUUUUAGCUAGUGAUCAUCAGAAUUCCCAUACUACUCCUCCUCCUCCUCCCCACCUUCCACACCCUUUGCACUGUUUCAUUGAAAUUUGGUUUAAAACUAUAAAAAAAACAAAAACCUUGCCAAACCAACUGCUGCAUAUGUGUGCCAUAAGUGUGUACCAUAAAUAUUUAUUUAAUUUGUUUAGUUUGUGUUAUUAUUAUUUUUUUUUUGGUCUUUAUUUGGUCAGAUAUGUAAGUAACACAGUAUUAAGGUUGAGUUGUACGUUUCUCUCCCCGAUUCCUUUAGCGUGUACUGGGCUGUGGCUGGCUUUAGUCCUGCUCUGCAUCUCAUAAGGCUAGGCUGUGAAUAAAUCACACACAUUCCACCGAUCUGUUACAAGCGGAAAUUGUUUUUCAAUAAAAUGUUUUUCCUAUGGA